UUUCAUUCUAACAAGCGCAUGUUGUUUCGUCAUCCUGGAGCUUUAUAAAUUAUGUCAACAUGACCAAAGAUUAUUCAGAAGCUAUGGAGUUGCCGCACACAGAAACUCGCCAAUUCCCACCACGACGAAGGUCCAUCCCAAAUGGUUUUGAUUUUGACCUGGAAGAAGUGUGGUGGCCAAAAACUCAGCGAAAGAACAGUCGAGGUAUGACGGAUAAGAAAACGUACGAUUUAGACCGGACCGUGCCAACAGAAUAUUACUCUAGACAUCGAAUGUUACCGACCACAAGUGAGUCAGAACGUUUGCCUGAUGUUACAAUAACGAAGAAACAACGUAAGAAAAGUAAAGGUAGUUUAAACCUGAACCAGAAAUCAGAGGCUGCAAACAAUGGUGCGCAUUCCAACUCGUCGGGUCGGAAUUUUAAACCCGAGAGCAUGCCUUGUCGAGCUCACGACGGUAGCGCCAUCUAUUCAUCCAACCAACUUGAAGGCAAGAGAAAUGAUUCGUCCUAUUCUCUGACUUCUGAAGAAUUCGAUUUUUAAGUUAUUGCAAAAAUCUAUGGAUUUUUUCAUAUAGCUCUGCCGCUUAUCGAGUCACCAAUUAAGUUAUGAAGUGAAUGUCAGAUCGUUAUUCUAAAACUUAGAGAAAACUAAAUAAGUUAUCAGUGAACCCGUGUAUUGUGCUGAUUAACAAUUCAAAUUAAUAGUAAAUAAACAAUUCUGUCUCAGCGAUAUUUCUCCCACUAACAGUCAUUUAGUAAUAAUCCACUGACGCGCUAUAAUUAGUUAUUAUGUUGUGCUAGAUAAUGAGUGUUAGUAGACUAUGUGGUAUUUUAGAAAAUAAAAAUGUUCAAAAUUGCAUGAUAAAAUUGUGCCAGAUCACAGGAAAUUUCAUUCGUAAGCGGUUAAGUCAAGAAACAGUCAAAUCUCGAAAUGUUUCUUAUCUCGGUUGAUUCCAAAUUAAAAAUGCGUUUGCUUUUUAUUAUACUUAAUAGGAAAUACAAAAUUUUAAUGAACUGUAUGAAUGCAAUUAUAUCACAGUGAC